CCCAAUCCAUCCAACAAGCACCCAAAAUCCCCAAACCAACGCCGCAGCCGCAGCCGCAGCACCUCCUCCUUCUCCCUCUCUCCCUCUCUCCCACCGCCGCCGUCUCCACCUUCAAGCGCCGCCGCCACCCACCGCCGGCCUCCGCCCCCGACCGGCGUCCUCGUCUCCCACCGCCGCCCCUCCACUCUCUCCUCCUCACAUCACCUUCUCUUCCUAUCCCAAGCUGCAGAUCGAGCACAUUCCCGAUCCGCCACGCUCGCCAGCGCACCUUGCCCAGGGCUUCUUCGACCUGGACCUCCCUCCACGGAGGUGCACGCGCGCGCGCCCGCCCGCGUCGGGGGGCUCGCCGCCCGUGUGCGCUGCGCCGCGCCGGGACAGGACCUGCUCGUCCGACGACGCGGUUCCCAGCGACCGACGACACGGAUGGCUGCUCUGUCUGACCCUAGGGCCACUCAAGGGACUGGCUCUCUGACGUUGCUCCUUGAGGAUGAUGCAGUUGAAACACUCUCUGAUGAGUUCCUGGUCCCCUCCCUCUCUCCCUUGUGCCUGAGAUUGUCCGGCCAUCGAGCCAUGACUGAUUGGUGCCGACCAUCGGGCCAAUGAUUGAGGGCCUGGUUAUGUGGUCAUGGUUCCUGUGGUGUUGCCCUUCGGCCACAGCAAUCUCGUGAUUGUGAUGAUCUUGUUGGCAUGCUUAUGUUACUUUCUAGGAAUUACUUUUGAUAAGAACUGGUGUUUGUUUAGCCUUUUUAUUUCCAGAUGAUGUUAGACCAGGUUUAAUUUCAUGAAGUGGCAUGGUAUAGUAACUAAUUGGCCAUGGUUAUGUGAUUGUUUGAGUUGUAAUUCAGUGAAUUUGCUUCUUGGCCAUGCCAGGAUUGACCUUUAGAGUUUAUAUUUCUCGCCGUGAUUCUUGUCUUGUUUCAUAGGUAUAAGGACAAAUAUUCUUUUACCAAGUGCUAGUGCUGUGCUUAGAGUUGAUGAUAAGAAUGUGGCAUGCUUCACCUAUUAUCAUGUGCCGUGUCGUGCUAUGUACAAUAACAAUAGUAAUAGGAUCGCUUGACUGAUGAGCUUGCUUUAUCAGAUUUGCAAGCAAUUUUUUGUAUAUGUGGCAGUUAAUAUGAUGGCAUGGGGAGUAGGGAGCAUUUUGUGGUUUGACAUUUAUUUGGCUGUGUGGUGGUCAUCCUGGAAUGGAAGUAAUAAUCUUUGUGUGUGAAUCCAUCACUUUCUACUGCAGCAAUGGAGGAUGAUAUGAAGCGCCAAGACCAACAACUUUUUUUUGUUCGGCAUUGCUGAGUACUGGAGUAGGCGUUUUGCAUCACCAACGAGGAAAUCUGCCGUGCUGGGGGUCUGGGUGGUGGUGGCCAGAGCGUGGGACUCCCCCAUGGAUUCGACGGGAUUCAAGUGUGCCUCGAACUUGCUCCUUGAGGAUGAUGCACUUGAAAUGCUUCUCUGUCGAACACUGAAAUAGCCUAUGGUACCACAUCGUUGUUGUCUGCUGUUGCUGCUGGUGCUCUCUCAUGCUUGGAGGUUCUAAUCCAGCUCGUGUGGGAAGGCCACUCGGAGUUGACGGGGACCAGAUCCGACGUGGCGGAUCCGAAGGGGAAGUUGAGCCAUGCCGCCGCGCCAUGGAGGCGCACCGACUGGAUGGCGUACGCACACACUUUGCCUAUGCUGCAGAUUGAUAGGAGCCAAUCUAGAUGCGUCGGUGGGUUUCCGGUGCGUGAUCUUGGCCACCCACACCCCCACGACUGAUGCCGCACGCCGAGCACCCAUGACCUGAGCCUACACGUGCCCAAGGGUGAAGGGGUGUAACAGUACAGUACAUGGAUUAGGAACGAUUGGUCCGAGGCAUUUGACAAAGGUGUAACAGUACAGUAAUGGAUUAGGAACGAGCGGCGCAGUACAUUGGCACAAGACUCCGGACACCUGAUACCUUUUGCAUGCAGAAACAACCGAACAAAAUUAGAACACCCACGUCAUGUCCACGCUCAGCUUCACCGUACUCCGGAGAGAGCCCGUGCUCGUCGGCCCAGCCUCGCCGACGACACCGCGCGAGAAGAAGCGCCUCUCCGACGUCGACGACCAAGACGAGCUGCGGUCGCACAUCCGCGGCAUCUUUUUCUACCGCGGCGGAGGGCUCGCGCGCGGCGACCCCGUGGACAUCACCCGCCGAGCCUUGUCCGAGGCGCUGGUGCACUACUACCCACUCGCCGGACGGCUCCUGGAGGUGGAGAACCGGAAACUGGCCGUCGACUGCACCGGCGAAGGGGUGACGUUCGUCGAGGCGGACGCUGACGUGCGACUGGCGGAUCUCGAGGCCGACGUGCCCGGGCUGAUGCCGCCAUUCCCGUGGAUUGAGGAGCUCUGCUUCGAGGUGGAUGGCCCCAGCGCUCUGCUCAACUGCCCCCUGGUGAUCAUUCAGGUGACGCGGCUCCUGUGUGGCGGCUUCGCCGUGUGGCAUAGCUUCAACCACACCAUGUGCGACGCCGCGGGGUUCAUACAGUUCCUGAACGCCGUCGCCGAGCUCGCUCGAGGCCUUCCUGCGCCGACCGUCGCACCUGCCUGGUCUCGCGAGGUUCUUGACGCGCGAAGCCCCCCAACGCCUGCAUUCCCGCACCGCGAGUAUGAUCCAGUGCCUCGGACGCAGACACCAACCGAGGAUGACAUUGUAAGGCGCGCCUUCGUGUUCGGCCCUUCGGACGUCGCCGCGAUCAAGAAAGUCAUGCCGCCUCACCUCCGAGACAGGGCAACGAGCUUCGAGGUGCUCGCGGCGGUGCUGUGGCACGCCCGCACGGCGGCGUUGAGGACGCUCUGGUCCGACGAGGAGGCGCGGCUGGUGACCGUCGUCAGCGUGAGGAGGCACAGCAGCGCCCUGAGCCUCCCCGCUGGCUACUACGGCUUCGCUUGCGCGUACGUCACCGUGGUGAUGGCCGCCGGCACGCUGCUCAGCUGCUCGUUGGCAGACGUGGUGGAGCAGGUGCGGGAGGCGAAAGCGUCGGUGACCCCCGAGUAUAUGCGCUCCACGGCGGACCUUUUGGUGCUCCGUGGCCGGCCGCCUUUGGCCAGGGCAAAUAUGUUCCUUCUGUCUGACCUCCGGCACGUUGGGUUCCAACGCGUGGACUUCGGGUGGGGCGAGCCGGUGUACGGCGGGCCCUCUGGCGUCAAGUUCGGGAAUGCCUUCUUUGUGGCUGUCAAGACCAGCGACGGAACGGACGCGGUGGCAGUGCCGGUCGCACUGCCAACCAUGGCCAUGGAGAAGUUCGCGGCGGAGAUCCAGAGCUUGCUCAAGGAUAGUAUUAAACAGCCCUAGAAAAUUCCUAAGCUGAAAAAUAAGCCAGGUUUUUUGCCCCUCCUUUUCCAAACAAAAAGCCCGGAUGAAAAAUAAAGAGAGAAUUUCUUA